AUGGAUGUGAUCAAGAAGGCCUUCUGCCUCAUCAUCCUCCAAUCUGCUGUGGCAUUUUGGCCGACAACUGAUGUGGAACGUCGUCAAAUCCUCGAGGCACACCAUCGAGCGCGCGAAAGUGUGAAGCCCCCUGCUAGCAAUAUGAAGCUGAUGAUGUACUCGAAGAAACUGGAAAACUUGGCCGCUCGUUGGGCCAGUCGGUGCGUGUUUGAGCAUCCAGAUAGGAACACGUAUCCCGAGUAUCGUGAACUUGGGCAGAAUCUUGCACUCGCUGCCGGUUUCACGCCCAAUAUCACCGAAGCUGCUUGUGGUUGGAGAAGUGAAAUCAAGUUUUACGACAGCGUCAGCGGUAGAUGCAGGCAUGUUUGUGGGCAUUACACGCAGAUGAUAUGGGCAAGUUCAAGUGCGUUGGGGUGUGCCAUGUGGCGAUGUGAUGGAGUUAGACCCGACUGGCACAAUCCUCAAUACAUCACUGCCUGUCAGUACAGUCCCCCGGGAAAUUACAUUGGAAGCAAGCCCUACAUCCAGGGUCGCAGUUGCAGUCGAUGUAGUCCCGGAGAGCAGUGCUACCGCAACCAAUGUGCCCGAAAUGCGCGACACAAUCAAGUUUACCCACUGGCAAAGUUCAAAAGUCCCCGCUAUAGGUCUUUGCCACCUUGCAAGUUGCCUCAAUCUUAUUCCACCUUCGAAUAUGGCUAA